CGCGCCUUCAGUCCGGCGGCGGCGAAGAAGCGGCUGCCUCCCGUGGGAGCGCGCGCCGGAGGGGAAGCGAAGCGGGCCGCGGCGCUGGAGAGCCCCGGGAGGACGAGGCGGAAGAGGCGGCGGCGGGGCUGAGAAGGGAGGCCUCCCCGUCGCCCCCUCCCACCCUCCGCCGCCCUGGGCCGCGGGACCAGCAUGGCCGCCAGCCUGUGGAUGGGCGACCUGGAGCCAUAUAUGGACGAGAACUUCAUUUCAAGAGCUUUUGCCACUAUGGGGGAGCUGGUCCUGAGUGUCAAAAUCAUCCCAGAUUGCCCAGGGAUUCCGGCAGGCUAUUGCUUUGUAGAAUUUGCUGAUCUAGCCACUGCUGAAAAAUGUUUACAUAAAAUCAACGGCAAACCUCUUCCUGGUGCCACACCUACAAAGCGAUUUAAAUUAAACUACGCAACUUACGGAAAGCAGCCAGACAACAGUCCAGAAUAUUCAUUAUUUGUGGGAGAUCUUUCCCCGGAUGUGGACGACGGGAUGAUAUACGAGUUCUUCGUUAAAGUAUACCCAUCUUGCAGGGGUGGCAAAGUUGUUGUAGACCAGACGGGUGUUUCCAAGGGCUAUGGUUUUGUGAAAUUCUCAGAUGAAUUGGAGCAGAAAAGAGCACUGGUGGAGUGCCAGGGUGCCGUGGGUCUUGGUACCAAACCGAUACGCUUGAGCGUUGCCAUACCAAAAGCUAAUCGUUUGAAGACAGUUGAAUACAAUCAGAUGUACAACUAUAACUACAACCAGUACUACCAGCAAUAUCAGAACUAUUACGCCCAUUGGGGGUACGACCAGAACACAGGCAGUUACAGCUACAGCUAUCCACAGUACGGCUACACACAAAAUACCAUGCAGACCUAUGAAGAGGUUGGUGAAGAUGCGUUAGAAGGCUUCCUCCCGUUUCCAGAUCCGAUGCCCCAGACGGAUGUGAGCGAAGCCAACAAACAAUUCAUGGAGCAGAGCGAGGAGCUUUAUGACGCCUUGAUAGAAUGCCACUGGCAGCCUUUGGACAGUGUCUCUUCGGAGAUCCAAGCUGUAUAAGGGCCUGCGUUGCGUAUACGCCAUCUCCAAGCAAGAAGCCAGCGUGCCCAAGGGUCUCUGCCGAGCGCACAGAGCCAGCCACGGCGAAAGGGUUGGCCUCCCUUUCCUCCGGAUCCCCCGGCUUGAGAACAGUAUGGAGGAAGACCCGCGGCACUUCCUGUACAGGGCGAGUGGCGGAGGAGCGUUGCGGUCACGCUUUUAUUCAUGAUGAAAAUUUAGAACUGAAGAUGCGUAGGAUUUUUGUUUUUGUUUUUUUGGAGGGGGAAGAUUUUUUUGUUUUAUUUUUUGUCUCGGAGCAGACUGUUAACACUUUCUGGAGUUGUAAUUUAUGAACCUUAAGGCAGGGUGGGGGGAGAUGAUGUGGGAAAACUUUUACUUCGGUAUACAAUUAAAAAAAUUAUCUUUUCCACUGUG